AUGGUACCUCCCCACAAUCCUUCCUCCAAACAGCUCAAUGCAAGUAGGCGAGAACUGUCAGAGGCUACCCGUUGGAUGAUCAUUGGUGCCAGACAAUGUGGUGUCACAGUCCGACAUAUUUCCGAAGUUUUUGGUGUUCCAAAAAGCACUGUUCACAACACCUGGACUAGGUUCAACUCCAUCGGCAGUGUCCAACCCCAACGUGUAGGGAGGCCCAGGAAGACUACUGAGCGUGAUGAUAGAUGUCUUUAUCUAUCUACCCAGUGGGAUCCAAGUCUCUCCUAUAAGGAGCUUCGUCAACAAUUUGGCCUAAAUAUCUCGGUUAGCACCAUCAAGCGGAGACUCAACAAAUUCGGAAUUCACAAGUAUAUUAAAGCCAAAAGACCCCUCUUAACACCAUUUCAGGCUCGGGUACGACUGCUAUGGUGUAUUCACCAUCGAGAUUGGACGGUCGCGCAUUGGCGACGCGUAAUUUGGAGCGACGAAUGCAGUGUUGAGAGACAGUCAAAUCCGUUAGUUGAGUGGGUGUUGCGAAGUGCAAAGGAAAGAUGGCUACGGGAAUGUGUCAAGGGGGUGGCAAAGUCUGGAACAGUGAAAAAGAUGAUAUGGGGGUGUUUUGCAGGUGGUCUCAAAGGCACGUGUGGAGGUAUGAGGGUGGACAUGGGGGAGAGUAUGACGGCAGAAGUCUAUAUCAGAACAUUGGACUUCUACCUAUUGGAUUUUGUACAGGAACUACGGGAAAGAGGCAUAGAUCCAAUCUUUAUGCAAGAUAAUGCUAGAGUUCAUACGGCCAGAAUUACUAAGGACUGGUUGUUGGAGAAAAAUGUUGAAAUUCUAGAAGGCUGGCCCCCAUACUCACCAUAUCUCAACCCUAUCGAGUAUGUAUGGGUACAGCUAAAGACACUCUAUCACAAACACUACCAACACCUAGCAGAUGAUACCCGAGGCCCAGAGGUUCUAAGACCUCUAAUGGAAGAUGCUUUAAUUCACUGUUGGGAGUUAAUACCUGAGAGAUUGUUUGAGGCCUUGGUAGAAGGGAUGCCAAGAAGGAUUGAAGCUGUAAUCCGGGCAAGAGGGUGGUAUACAAAGUACUAG